AUGCCACCACCAACCCCAAAAUUCAACGUCAAGACCCUCACCAUGCCCCUCGCAGCGUUCACCAUGGCGACGCUCCUCUUCGUGUACACGCGCACCUCCAUCGCGGCUGCGAAGCGCAAUGCGCAGCGCCAUCGCGACGCCGACGGCGGCCAGAUCAACUGGCAUAAUGAGAAUCUGCGCCGCCACGGCAGGAUCGAGACGCCCGGGGAGGGGAGCACGGUCGCGGAGCUGCUGGGGACGUUGAAAGGGGCGGCUGGGACGAGGAGUGUGGAAGGGGAGGGGGGAGAGGCUUCAGCUGGGGGAGAGACGGAGGCGGAGAGGAGGGUCAGGGAGAGGAAGAGGGGGGGUUGA